AAGGUAACACAGAUCGUGAAAUGUAUAAUAUUUUAGGAAAUCGUUAUCAAAGAUGGCAAGUCUUUUUUGAAGAACCGGUAGGAUUAGAUGACCAUGAAAGUAUUCCUAAUCUUUUAGAAUUAGGUUGUCAAUAUAUAGAAGAGCUUGAUUGUUCAGAUGAAAAUCCUAUUAACACGUUGGUAGAGUCUUUUGAGCGCAAAUAUUAUAUCUGA